AUGUUGCGUGUAGCUUACUUGACGAUCUUCCUUUUUGUAAAUAUCGUUAGUUAUAAAUUGGAUAAUGAUGAUAUCACGGAAAUUCCAAAUUCAAUGUCUCGCGGAAGGUUCUUCCCGCUAUUCAGUGUUAUUCGAUUUGCAAACUCGCAAUGCCUUGCUAGCAACAAUUUAAAUGGUACCUGCUUUACCAGAAGAGAAUGCCGUAAUUAUGGUGGAAUACCAUCUGGCAGUUGUGCAAAUGGACAUGGUAUUUGCUGUGUUUUUCAAAAGACAUGUGGUUCCACAACAAAUGUAAAUAAUACAUAUUUCACAAAUCCAGAAUAUCCAACAACUUAUGAAAGGCAAGGACGAUGCACAAUAACAGUACAACGUUGCAAUUCAAAUAUAUGCCAAUUACGUUUGGAUUUCUUGGAAUUUAAUCUUGCUCCACCGAAUUCUAGUGGAAUUUGUGACCUUGAUCUCCUUUUAGUUUCUUCAUCUGGAAGCAGAAUACCUCGAAUUUGUGGAGAAAAUGCAAAUCAACAUGUGUAUGUGGAUUUCAAUGAUGAUACUCCUAUUAUGAUAUCGAUUGAUACUAAUACUGGAUAUCCUACAGAUCGUCGUUGGAAUAUAAGAAUUCAACAAUUACCCUGUGAUGCAACAUAUAAGGCCCCAAAUGGAUGUUUACAGUAUUAUGAUAGUGUCACAGGUACCGUAACAAGUUUUAAUUACGGCACAACACAAAAUCCAAGAGAACCACCAAUAGGUACACGACAAAUCGCAAAUACGAAUUAUGGUGUAUGUGUAAGAAUGGCACAAGGAUAUUGUGCCAUUGAAUGGUCUCAAACAAAUUCAAAUUCAUUUACCGUUUCUGGAGAUACUGGUGCAUUUGACUCUACUUUAAUAGGUACUCAAUAUGCAGCAGAACAAGGAACCAAUUGCACUAAAGAUUUUGUUAUUAUUCCACAUCCAUUUCAAAAUGGUGUUGCAGUCGGUACAGAACGAUUUUGUGGUAAUGGCUUUAUAACAAAAACAUCUUUCUCCAAGCCAUUUGUACUAUAUGUUGUCACAGAUGGCGAUGAAGUUGGAGAAGUGGAAAAUAAAGGAUUCUCAUUAAUGUAUCGUCAGCUACCCUGUGUAGCUUAAAUAAAAAGCAUGUUCUUAUUUCACAUAUACAUAUGACAUAUACACUAUAAUGAUAAUAUUAUAGGAUAUAAUAAUUUUUAUUUGGUUUGGAGGACUUUCUUUUUCAUUUGCUACCCUUUCCUACGAUUAUCACAGUCAGUAAAAUACUAAGAGUUUGAAGAAUCAUGUGUACUAUUUCUUGCUAAUUAUCGAAUUGUAAAUAUUGUACCAUUGUUAUAUUACAUCAUUAUUGGAUUUUAUGUUAAAAUAUAGGUAUAUUUAAUUUUAUCGUUA